AUGUGUAAUGCGAAUAUGGAGUUUACAAACGUAGUUGCUCGGUGGCCUGGUUCUACUCAUGAUAUGACCAUUUUCAAUAACUCGAUUUUACGAGCAAAUUUUGAGAAUGGAGAUUAUCCAAAUUGUAUAAUAUUGGGUGAUGGUGGCUAUGGUGUAAGACACUAUUUUUUUACACCAUUAUUAAAUCCACACACUCAAGAAGAGCAGUUGUAUAAUGAAGCUCAUAUUCGUACAAGAAAUGUCAUCGAAAGAACUUUUGGUGUCUGCAAACGAAGAUUUCCUGUGCUAGCAUGUGGAUGUCGAUUAAAAAAAGAAACUGUUUUGAGUAUUGUAAUUGCGUGUGCAGUCCUGCAUAAUAUAGCUCGACAAAUGGGUGAAGAUGAACCUCCUCUCCCAGCUGACAUUAACCAGCAUGAACUGCAGCGACUUAUUGAAGAUGGUCAAAUAUCAGAGGUCAAUGUUAUUGACAACCAAAGGAGGGGUAGUGAAAUUAGAAGAAAUUUUAUAACAAAUUUUUUUGGAAAUUUAUAA